GGAUGGGAAGGCAUCGGAUACACCUGAACACCACUCCCAAAAGGGUGACAUGAAAGCACUGCUACCAUUAGGCAAGCACAUGCAUACAACUAAAGGAAAAAAAAAAAAAGCCGAAAGCAACGCUAUCACAACAAACAGCCCACCAGCCCUGCAGAUAGCUAUGCCUGACGCAGACACUUGCAGGGAACAGAGCGGUAUGGCUGGGCACGAG